AUGGCCAGCCCUCGUACUAGACGUGUACUCAAGGAUUUGCGACCAACAAAUGAGAAUAAUGUAAUUAGUGGUCAUCUAAAACCUUAUGUUUGACGUCAUUUUUUUAGACAUGCUUCGAAUGUGGCGCAGGUUGUCCACAGUGGGCCUCGGUCUCAUAUGGCAUUUGGAUUUGCCUUGAAUGCUCAGGAAAACAUCGAUCAUUAGGUGUGCAUCUCAGGUUAGUGUAAUGUAGACUAAUUAUUGAACUUGGCCUUAAGUUUCGUCCGAUCGAUAACAAUGGACAAAUGGAAGGAUUUAGAAUUGGCCAAGAUGAGAGUGGGAGGAAACAAGCACGCGAGGGAGUUCUUUGAAGCGCAAGACGACUAUAGUCCGACUUGGAACAUCCAUGAUAAGUACAACUCCAAAGCUGCGGCGUUGCUACGAGAUAAGGUAAGAAAUUUGAAGAUUGCAGUUUCACAGUUUGAUUUUGUUUAGAUCAGUUGCGAAGCCGAGGGAAAGACCUGGUCGUAUGAAACAUCAUCAGCCAAGAAUUACAAAGCUCCUCUGGCCAGCCAUUCUUCGUCAAGUUCGCUUAAAGCUAACCAAAGUGGUAACAACCUCAGUUCGUACUAUGGCGGAGGCACUGACAGUGGUUUCCAGAACAGCGGGUCUAAUUGGAGUGCCCAACAAGGGUAAGAUCUCUUUAUUUUUUUAUUUUGUUCUUAUUUUAGUGCCGACUCACGGUUUCAAGGCUUUGGCAACCCCAAUUAUCAAUCGCAGCCAAAGAGAGAUGACGAUUUCCUAGCCGGAGCAAUGUCUUCCAUCAGUAUGGGAUGGUCAAUGUUGAGUAAAGGGGCCUCCAGCGCUGCUGAAGUGGCGAAAGAUCUGACUUCGCAAGCUGGCCAAAAGGCGGCUGAGUUGACCGCCGAUAAAGAUGGAAGUAUAUUCUCGUCGUUGGCUUCAAAGGCAUCAGAAGUUGGGAAGAAUUCAUGGGGAGGUCUGUCGAAUUUUGUGAAAUCCCCGUCUCUGCAAGGAUUCGCCGGUGGAUUCUCGAAGAAGUAAGUGCAUUUCUUUCAGAAUUUUGGUUUUAAUGAUAUUUAUUGAACUUUCUAUGAUAUUGUUUUAGUCAAUAUGAAGAUCUCGGGACACCAACCAAUGAAAAACGACCCGAAUUUCCGUCGAAUAACGCCUUUGGAGGGUAUAAUCAGGAAUACCAGAGUUAUAAUUCGGAUGCUAAUGCGUGGGUUGAAUGUUUGUUGUAUUAUUUUGUAUUUAGUGAUGCUUUUUAUGACGCGCCAGCUCCGGAAGAACCCAAAAAGUCUCCCAGGCCGAAGAAAGGUGAGCAAAAAGUCGAAGGUAUUUGGAAUCGAUAUUUUUAGCCCGUUCACCCAAGCCAGAGGCAGAAUUCAGCGCUCCAAAAACUGCUCAAGCUCGGGCUGCUGGCAAAAUCAAAAAACCCGAGCCAGACUCGCUAAUUUCAUUCGAAUCCGAUGUAAAAACAACCAAAGUCAAGAAAGUGGAGAAGAAGGAAGCUGAUGAUGAUGCUUGGGACUUACUAAACCAGUAGAACAUCAAACGGCCCAGUGAUAAUUAUGUUGUCUGUCUUGUCUAAGCUUAAUUAUUGAAAAUAUUGUCUACAUUAUCGAGCUAGGCUGAUUGAGCCCAUGUGUAAGCAAGGACAGGGACUUGAGCUUGCCUAAGAGUGCCUAUUCCAUGUCUAUCACAUUCAUCCCUGUAUUUUUAUAUUGUCUCAUUUAGAUACCUAGUGUAAGGUAAGAUUCCAGGAAUUCUGGUGCAAUUUUAAGGGAGAGGAAGUAAUUAUUAAUGAGGAAUAGUUUCUAUGAGAAGUUGACUUUGUGUUGUGCUCGUACGGGCCCUUUAUAGAUAUUUCUUUCAGUUAAAAUAUGAGUUUAUAUUAACCUUGUUCUAGAGAUUUAGAGAAUAUCUUUUCGAAUUAAUAACCUAUCCUUAUUGGCAAGCAAAUUCCACAUCCCAUGAACAUUCUGUCGUCUUCAUAAGCCUAUCAUAAACUUAACUUAUCAAUUUUCGAAGGGAAUAAAUACAUUUCUGAUAAUAGAUUUCAUAUGACAUACGUCAUGAUAAGGAUAAGAAGGACAAAGAGAAGGAACGGCUUAAAAAUUUUAUUGUUUCUCCUUUUGCGUGCACCUGAUAUUACAGAAUCAUUUUCGACAGAAAGGGAAAACAUUACGGGCUCGCGGGCUUUUGGCAUUCGUUUUUAAUUUUUGGCAUUCUGUUUCAAGUAAGAAUUUCGCAAAUUCCGAAAUCGCCAAGGAUUUUUGAGCAAAUUCUAUCAGCUAGCUCUGCACGCAGGUAAAAUAAUUGUUCCUUUUGCCAGACAUUAUUAACAUCAUCUGCAGUCUGGUUUCUAGUCGAUUUUCUGAUGAAACAUUGUCUUAUUACUUGUUUUCCCAACGAAAUUUGUGGGAAGUAAGUCUCGUGAACAAUCCUUUUUUAUGCUCGAGCCCGUGAACCCAUAAUCUUCUAGGAAUUGUUUUUGUCGCUGCGGUCUCAAACAAGGUGUAUGUAUGUUUUGCAGGUUUAAAUUUUUUUCGGAUGCCAUACAAGAUUUGCAUAAAUAUUUGUAGGAAUCGCUUGUCGAAGCUCAGGUUUUGUAGGGUUUUGCUAUUUUUUUGAAAUCUACGUGGUGCAAUUGUUUCUGCCAUCAUCUAGAGUAGAGUAUGAGAUUGUUUGAAUAUGAGUUUACCUUCUCCAUUAAAUAAGUCCCCAUAAAAUAAUAUUUUUGGUCUCUAGUCCGCGAUAUCCGACAUGAUCUGUUCUUUAAAGUUUAUUUUACAACUCACAACUUUUAUUCAAACCGUUUUCAGUUCAUCCAGCUGCUCGACUCUCUCAGUGCAACCCUUCACCGCCCAAUCACAACCUCGCCCAACGUUGCCGCAGGGUUUCCCGGAUUUGUUUUUGUGUGUGCAGCUGAUCGAAUAGCAGAGGGACGGAAAAGGGGGUAAGCUGUUCCUAACGUUUUCGAAAUUUGGGAUGGCACUAUCUGACAUUGGUACUGGCCGGGGUUAAAGUAUUACUAUUUAAAGCUGAAAUGUUUGUCUUUACGUAGUCAUUGUUGUAUUUUCAACUGAAAUGACCUGUAAGCAACAUUCAAAGAGUAUUUAAAACAUUUUCUACUAAAGGCUGGAUACAUUUUGUCACGAUUUUCUACACUGAUACCUAAGAUAAUAUAAAAUUUCCUUCAAAUUACGAAGAUGCCUCCUCAGACCUGGAGCAGACGUCGUUAUCACAAUAUUUACAGUGUUUUUAUGGACUUCGAGUGUGAUAUUCAUCCCACGGCCUCCAACAUUGACACCUUCCUUCAAUCUGCAUUGGUCUUUGACAACGGAGAUCAUAAACUGGAAGAAGAAGUUCAAGAGGAGUGUUCAGAGCUUCCAUCCGUUAUCCGUAGAGUCAACGUCGUGGCUAAGAUUGCGUUUUCCAGAGAGGAUAUCCGAGAAUUAACUUUGAGUCAAGUGUUUAUUGAGUAAGUUUGUUACACUAGAUGCCAACAUAAAAUUAUGUGGAAUAGCAUAUAUAAUUUUAGUGAUUGUGACCUCUACAACCUCUGUCUAAAAGAACGAAACGUCCCGACACGUGUAAGACCAUCGGAACAGAGUGUAAAUCGCUUCAAAGACUGGGUUUACUAUACGAACUUCGCCGGAAUCCAGAACCCGUUUAUUCCUGAUUCCGAAGAGUCUGAGGACGGUAAGUGGAAUUGAUAAAAAUUGGAAUCUUCUUAAUUCAGAGUACGCAUCAGUCAUGAAGGAAAUGAAUUUGCCUGUCAGUUUUGGUGGAGAUCUUGGAAAGAGUAAAAAGAAUAUCAAAAAUCGGGUCAAGAACUUUUUAAUCGAGGUAAAUCUUGUUUUUCUAUUGUCCGAAAAUCUAUUUCGAGCCUUAUUUUGCUUUAGUGCCCGGUUUCAUCGCAAAAUUUAUAUUCAUCCCUAUUGUUUUCAGGCCGAAGCCUCCGGAUUUGUCCCCGGAUUUAAUCCAGAAGAAGCCCCUAACAGCCUGAAACGAUCAGAUAUCAAAGGAAUAGAAUCUAAGAACUUCAGAGUCGGCCCAGUCCCUCGCUAUCGAUUUGAACCAUUAUUCGAUGAGGAAACGAAGAAGCCUGAAGAAGAGACCAGUGAAUCCUUCUAUGAUUGUGUUGAGGAGCCAAAAGUUAAUACCGAGACUCCAAAAUCAAAUCAUAUAUUGGACAAGGCUUUUGUUCAAUGCCACAAAGACUUUGAUUUUGGGUUUGAUAAGGUGAAAGAUGCUGAAUUAAUCGCUGCAAAUCAAGAGGAAAAGUGUAAAAAAGAUAGAGUAAGAGGAAUUAUGUAUGUUUGAGACGCAUAGAUUUUGUUUCAGCCAUCUCCCCUUUGAUUUGUCGAUUUCCUUACCUGAUUUUACGUUCCAGGAGCUCCAGAAAUAUUGGUUCCAAAGGUAUCGAUUAUUUUCACUUAUGGAUCAUGGAAUUUUGAUGGACAGAGAAGGCUGGUUCAGUGUGACGCCAGAGAGAAUCGCCGAGAAUAUUGCUCGGAGGAUGGUCAGGAAUCCGGGCGAUAUUAUACUUGACGCCUUUACCGGAGUCGGAGGAAAUGCAAUUCAAUUCGCAAGACAUGGCGCUUAUGGUAGGGAAUGCCGAAUUUAGUUGACUUGAGGGUUAUUAGUUCUAAAAUUUGUCAGUUUUCAGUCUAUGCCAUUGAUUUGGACCCGGUUCGGCUAAAAUGUGCCCGAAGAAACGCGGAGAUCUAUGGAGUCGCGGAUUACAUCACAUUCAUCUGCGGAGACUUCUUUGAUAUCGCCAAUUCUUUCCUAGGAAGUCGAGGUAAAUGCGAAGACGAUGACUCGGAGGUCCCUCGACCAGAUGAGAGUCCUUACGGAAUAUCCGCCGUCUUUUUAUCUCCACCAUGGGGAGGGCCAAGUUAUGAGGCCAAAACGUUCGACAUAAAAACCUCAAUGGGAGGCCUGGAUGGAGUCAGGAUAUUUCGAUUGGCUGAGAAGUUGUCCCCCAAUAUCGGAUACUUUUUGCCAAGAAAUUCGCCGGUUGAUCAGGUAAGAAUUUAUAUUUUGGUAGACCAACUCAACGAUAUGAUCGGGAAAUGUUGUUUUUGGAUGAGAUAGUGGUAAUAGAAGGUGUAAUAUUGACUGUAAUGGACUCUAGAUUGUCUCCCUGGCCAAUAAUUUCAAGAAGGUGGACAUUGAACAGAGCUUCCUAAACAGCAAAAGCAAGGCCAUCACUGCCUAUUACGGUGCCCUCGCCGAGCCCCCAGCCCUGUAA